AUGUCCAGGCUUUUAUCUCCUUGUUUUGCAGUGCCUAUGAUACAAAACCUUGAAGCAACUCUAAGAGCCGGUGCUGCUCCUAACACUCCUCAGUUUAGGCCUCAAGGUUUUAGCCAAGAGGAAGGUCUGAAACCAUCUGAGAAAGGUUUCAAGUCUGAGGAUGCUGAAACCUCAGUUGCAACUGAAAAAGUGUCAACGGUUGUUGUUUCGGCUAGUAAAGAGAAGGUGAAAGAGGAUCCACUAGGUGAUGCUAGGAGCAAGAUUCAGGAAGAGAUUACUCGUGAGUUUGCAGCUCUCAUGGCGGAAGGGACACUAAGAGCAAGUGAAGCAGCUACUAUAGCUACUAAAAGAGUGAUGCAGAAGUAUGGUCAUCUCAAUGCAGCUGCUUAG